AUGGAGGGGCGGAGGACUUGGGACGGUGUGCCGUUGGGCGAGUCACACUCUCCUCCACAGUCAGUGCCGGGUCGGCGGACCCCUUUAGGAGCUGUCGGCCUGGGUGGCUUCUAUAUGCAGGGACACCAGCCUCCGCCUCAACACUGCUAUCCCACAGAUGAAAACCAACCUGAACCAGGCACGAGCUACGCGCAGCGCCCACUCGGAGAUGGAAAAUCGAAGCAGAAAAUGCGACAAGGCAAAAAUGUCAGGCUUAAUAUCAACGCUAGAGAACGCCGAAGAAUGCAUGAUUUGAACGAUGCAUUAGACGAGCUACGCUCAGUAAUUCCUUAUGCUCACUCACCGUCCGUAAGAAAACUGUCCAAGAUAGCGACACUGCUUUUAGCAAAAAACUAUAUUCUCAUGCAAGCAAGUGCCCUCGAAGAAUUACGCAGGCUUGUAGCAUACCUACAAGGCACUGCAACAGCUGCUGGUAUUGUAGCACCUCCAGGUUUCGACCUCGCCGGUUUGCCCGCCACUGCUAAACUGCUGCAACCUCCAAAUCUAGGUCCACCGGCGCCCCCGGAUCCUCCUUCUUGA